AUGUCUACCUUGCCUGGUGAUUGUCUAGCACAGAUCUUUUCCUACCUUGAUGAAGAUAGCAAAUCCCUUUACGCUUUCAUAAGGGUGAAUCGUCUAUGGUGUGUAAAUGCUAUCAAAUAUUUAUGGAAACAACCUCUACGAUUCGCGCUGAUCUUGAAGAAUACAACCGCUUACACUUUGCGUCAUCGAACAAAAACCGGAAAGCUUGCCGAGACUUUCAUUAAAUGUUUGAUUCAUAAUGAGAUGGUUGCUGGAGGCGAGAUUCAAAAUAGGAGGAGAAGAUCUCCAAGGGUUCCUUUGGUGUCACCUCCAUUAUUCAAUUAUAUAGGAUUUAUACGAAGGCUUGAUCUUGAUGAUUUGGGUUUGACAAUUGCAGAAUGGGCUGAAUACAUCUCUUCGCCAAAGUAUAAUCGAAACUCGUCAUUGGUGAAGGUUAGGAAUGUAGUGUUUUCCGUAUUAAUACAGCAAAGACCUGCUAGAUAUAAAUCGAUCAAGGAUUUUCGUGAGGAUAAGUCAUUGAUCAAGGAGUUAACUGUUAGGGUGUGCGAAUUAUUAAUAAAUCAAAUUCAAAAAUUGGAUUAUCUUUCAAUAAAACCUAUACAAGAUUUUCCAACUUCCGACAUACUUUUUACCCAUUUGAUGAAAGGUUCUUGGUUCAACCUUAUCACGAAGGAUUAUAUGUCGAUAAUUAAUUAUCCUCACGCCAACGUUUCUUUGUCUCAUUUGGUCGAAUUUGAAUGGGAUGAAUCUAUGGCAGAGGCGGAAAGUUCGAGACAAUUUUUACUUGAUCUCUCUCGAGUUUGUACCAAAAUUCAAACGAUCAAAUUUGAUAUGAAUAAACUUCAAUCACAAUCUUUGCUGAUAUCUGAGGCCUUGCAAAUUCUUAUUGAAUCACAAACUCGUUUAGAGGAAUUCGAACUGAGAAAUUGUGAUUUAUAUAGUUAUCAUAUCAUGCAUGGUCUCAAAAAGCGUGCUAGCACAUUGAAAAAAUUAACCUUGCGACAAGUGGAUUCUUCAAGUCUGGAAUUUAUUUCUGAUAUUGCGUAUUUAUAUAGUUUGGAAGAAUUAAGAUAUUACGAAGGGAACCUUUUGAGUAAAGAUGCGUGGCCAUUGAGUUUUACUCAUUUUCCAAAAUUGAUUCUUUAUGAAAUUGAUGAUCUAUUUCCAACAACGAUCACCGUUAAUCCUGAUGCGUUGGUUUCAGAUUCUUGUCCGAUUUUACAGACAUUUAUUUAUAAUCAAAAAAGGUUUUAUAAAGCGGAAUCUACAUCCUUAAUAAUUAAAUCAGUUGGAUUGAAUUGUCAAUUUUUACGACAUUUUGAAUGUAACGCAGAAAUUUGUUCAAUAGAUUUAUUAAAGUUCGUCUUCAUAUCUUCAUCAAAUCUUGAAACAAUAAUCAUAACGAAUGACCGGGUAUCGUUAAAUAUUGACGGGUUAUUAUUAGUAAUUCGACUGAAAAAUUUGAAGUAUCUGGAAUUGAAUGGAUCGUGGGAAUUUGAAGUCGAACCUUUAAAACGUUUCUUGAUCAACUCUAAACCACCACUUUCAACAAUUGUUUUGUCGGAGAAUAAAUGUUUUGAAGAUUCACAUCUUCAAGUUUUACUGAGAUAUUUGAAAGGAGUUUUAACCACAUUUCACGUAUUUAAACUGACGAAACGUUUGAGCAUUGACAUGAGAAGACAAGCUAAAGAGGACAUCGAAGAUUUUCUUUACAAAAGGAAAACUAAUGUUGAUGAUUAA